UAGAAGUUAUAAUAAAAAAGAUACGUUUAUCUAAAAUUGAAUGUGAAUUCGAUCCUAAAAACUGAAGCUUCAACUUUUAAUCAUAAACUACUUUAGCUGGGUAGAUACUUGAAGAAAAGUCCAUUCAAACGAAUUGAGAUUUUAAAAUUACCUCUUUGAUAACAAAAGCUUCUAUCAGCAUGUUAUUUGAUGUGUUGUAAUUUAUGGCGUUAUGUCGUAUUUUAUAACUUGUUAUUAUUAUUUUCAACUGAUUAAUAUUGCAAUUCUCUACCCUGUGCAAAAUUGCGGUAAAUCGAAUGCCAAGUUGCGUGGAUCAACAAAUACAACUUAUUUUUUCGGAGGAAUCUUUCCACUUCAUCAACAAGAUAUUCUUAGUGAAUCACCUAUAUUGUUAGUUUCGUCAAUGAUGUUAGCCGUUCAAGAAAUUAAUGAAAGCAAAGACAUACUACCAGGCAUUAAAAUAGGAUAUGAAAUUCGAGAUUCACGAAAUGAUAUCUUAUGCGCAUGCGACUACGCUUUAGAUUUUUUGUUAGAGAAUAAACGAAGUUCUGUUCUAAGUGGGGUAGUAGGACCAGCAUCAAGCUCUUUAAGUGUUGCCGUGAGUACAAUGUUGUUAUCUGACUAUGUCCCACAAGUUUCUUAUUCAUCAACAAGUAUGUCAUUAUCACAACGUUCCGUAUAUCGCAACUUUUUUCGCACAGUCCCUUCUGAUGCACACCAAGCAAAAGCUCUUGUUGCAUUAAUUGAGUUUUUCCAGUGGACUUAUAUUUCUUUGAUUACAUCCAGAAAUGAUUAUGGUCGCUUCGGUCGCGAUGAAAUUCUCAAAGCCGCAACGGAAAAGAAUAUUUGCUUUUCAACUGAUAUAACCUUUGACGUAAGUUUUUCAGGAAAUGAGAUAGAUAUUAUUUUAAGUGGUAUUGAGCAAAAUUCGCAUGUUGUACUUCUAUGGUGCGACGGAUUAUAUGCAAAAUCGAUUAUUUCAAAAAGUAUAUCACGUGGUUUUAGCAAUAUUACCUGGAUAGGAACUGAAUCUUGGGGUGACGAUUUUUUAAAAUAUUCAUCACCCAACGUAACCCACAAUAUAAUAUCAUUGCGACUUAAAGGAGAUCCAGUAGAUUUUGUCAACAAUAAAAUUCUUAGUUCUAAUAUGACAAGCAAUUUAAACUGUUAUAAUCCAUGGUAUGAAGAAUUUUUAAAAAAGAACAAUUGGAAUGGCGUAACGUGUACUCCUAAUUUGACAAGUACAUUACCAAAACGAAAUAUAAAUCAAGUAGUAGGUGCUGUUUAUGCUCUAGCAUAUGGAUUGCAUAGCUAUUUAAAUUGUACUUCUGAAAAAUGCUUUACGCUUUCAGACACUAUUGAUUACAAACUUCUAUACAAUCACGUAGUUAAUACAAGUUUUAACGUUCCCACAAGUAACUAUCGUGUUAAAUUUGAUGAAAAUGGAGACUUUUUUUAUCCUGCAUAUGAGUACAUCUUUGUAUAUAAAAAUAAUUUUACAAAGUUUGGAUUCUGGGAAUACACUUUUAAUAAAUCCGCAGUUUUAGAUAUAGACAAAAACGUUAUUGUUUGGAAAAAUAACUUACAACCAAAAUCUGUUUGCAGUCUGAAUUGCGAGCCUGGUACAUACAGAGUCAAUUCUUCUAUAUCAAAAUGUUGCUGGAUUUGUGUACAAUGUCCUCAUGGUUCGAUUUCAAGCUCUGUCAACCAAUACGAAUGCACAAAGUGUUUAAUUACAUCUUUAGAAAAUUCAAAUCAAACUCAAUGCAUUGAUUUGUCUGAAGUAAGCUUGAGUAUUUUUAGUACAGCGGGAAUAUUAAUUAUUAUUGGAUCGAUAUCAGGUGUAUUGGUUGUAACUUUAGUAUUGAUUUUGUUUUUUAUUCAUUGGAACAAUCCAGUUAUUAAAAGUUCAAAUAGAGAAAUGUCUUGUAUCCAGCUAAUUUCUCUUAAGCUCUUGUUCUGCGUUGCAUUUUUUUAUUUUCACAGACCUACUCCAGCAGUAUGCAUGUUAAGAACUUCGUUGUUCGGAUUCUUGCUAACAACUGUAGUUGCGUUUGUCGUUGUGAAAAUGUAUCGACUGCUUCGUGUUUUUAAUGGCAGGUUCACAAAAGUUUCAAAAUUUUUAGAAAAUAAAUUUCAAAUUACGUUCACUUUUUCACUUGUUUUAAUUCAAACAGUAACAGUUAUAGUUUGGCACGCAUAUUAUCCAACUAGGGUGCAGACAAUUCCAAACUCCAUUAGUAAUGAGUUUUACCUUAUCUGCAAUAAUGAAAAAACAGUUUUUAUAAUUUCGUUGAUAUACUUUUUUAUUUUGGCUAUUGUGAGUGGAUGCAUGGCAUUUCGAGCUCGUAAGCUGCCCGAAAAUUUUAACGAAACACAAAACAUUGGUUACGCUAUGUUUAUUGUUUGCGUUAUUUGGUUUUCAUACCUUCCUAUUUAUUUCAGUGUUGAUCCACACGAAUCUGUUGUGGCGUUUUUAUGCACUAAUAUAUUUUCAUGCUAUGGCAUGCUAAUAACUUUGUAUGCUAAGAAGAUAGUUUAUAUUUUGUUUAAUCGGGGUUUAAACAGUGUUGAAUUUUUUCAUACUUGUUCUUCCGAAAAUGUUUUGCAUAAUUUUGUUGAAAAGGUUGUUCUAGAAGAUGGUUCUACUCUUAAUGUAGUACGCAACGUUAUUAUUUAUAAUACAAAUGCAAAUUCUGAUUUAGCAUGUUAGAGUUAAAGUUCAUUGACUUCAUUGGAUAUCGAUAAAUUGGAUAUUUUAUUGAGUUAACUGUUUUUUUUAUUAACUAAACCCUUAGAAUAUUAGGGCUAAAACAAGUUAAACGCAAUGACAUGCUUUUCUAAUCAACCAAAAAGUUUAGUUCAUGCACUAAAACGCGUAAAAUCUAUCGAUGAUGACAAAAGAUCCAUCGAUAAUGACAAAAGAUUCAUCAAUAAUGAUAAAAGAUCAAAUCUUUUUAAAAAACAAAAAAAUUAAUAAAUUUUGAAAAAUAACU